AUGUCUAUAAGUUUGCAUACAAAUUAUGGCGAUAUAAAAAUUGAACUUUUUUGUCACGAAGUCCCCAAAACUUGCAAAAAUUUUUUAGCCCUAUGUGCCUCUGGAUAUUAUGAUAAUACAAAAUUUCACAGAAACAUAAAGGGGUUCGCCAUACAAGGAGGGGACCCAACUAAUACGGGAAAAGGUGGCGAAAGCAUUUAUGGAAAAUAUUUCGAUGAUGAAUUUGAUUCAACAUUAAAGCAUGAUAAAAGAGGAAUUGUGUCUAUGGCAAAUAAGGGUAAACCCAAUACAAAUGGUUCUCAAUUUUUUAUAACUUAUUCGAGACAACCACAUCUUAAUGGUGUUUAUCCAGUUUUUGCAAAAGUAAUAGACGGUAUGGAUGUAUUAUCUACCCUUGAAAAUGAACCAGUAGAAGAAAAGAACAGACCCAUAAAGGAUAUCAUAAUUGAAUCUGUGACAAUACAUGCAAAUCCGAUUGCAGAAGAUGAAUUUCUUUCCUUGUAA